AUGACUCGAGCUUCUACUUCCGCUGCCAACUUUGGCCUCCUUCUGGUAGCUUUGGUUCUGAUGCUUCACUCUGUUGUGGGCGAGCUCAUCCCUACACAAGUCCGUCACCAUCUCUCUCCUCGCGAAUACAGAAUUGAUAAUUGCGUUAACAAGCUUACUCCUGAAAAUGAGAAGUACAAGUUACGCUGCGGACCCGGAAGUGACCCCAAGCAUACUUGCUUCACUCAUUGGGCAGGUGAUCUUACUUCCGCGCAAGCUUGCCCCCGCCUUGAACCAUUCGGCAUCCCGGACAAGAUCUUGGUCAGGGACGAUUCCAUGAAGAUUUUCACAAUCGAUAAACCUGGUGAUCCCUUCAGGAUUAAUUAUCCCAAUCAGGGUGGAGUUCAAUUCUUCUACGAUAAUUUCGAUCCUAAGACCGGAUGCAAGGACAUCACAGUCACUAGGGGUCACGACAAAGCCUGGAGGCUCUGGAUCUCGGACCAGGAUGGCAAAAAGAAGGGCCUCGAUACUGGGACAAAAAAGCGUUCGACCGCAAGACUCUGCACCAAGUGGAUCUACAUUUUCAUCAAGAGAGAUGGCUAG